CCAAAUCCAAUCGGAGCGACACAGUUGGCAAGUAAGUGGGGUUUCGCGCAUUCCCUCACCGCAAUCUGGAAGGUCAAUCCGCCAGGACGAUCAACGAGUGUCCCUCUCUCUCUCUCUCUACACGGCGAGGGGAAAUAGGAAAAAGGUCGCAACUUUACACUCCGCCAGCUUCUGAUUCUCGCCCUCCCGCUGCCUGUCACUCCCCUCAGCACUCGCCCGCGCCUUCCUCCUCUCGCUUUCCCAGAUUUAUGCAUUGCGCCCCCGUCUCCGGCGAUUCGUUCCUCUCCUUCGGAUGCUACUGUCAAUGGCUUCUUGUAGCUUAGGAGCUUCAAAUGUUAAAAUAGCGAACUUGAACUCUGGUAGACCAAAAAUUGGCGAAUCACGUCUCUCAUACGGUAGAAGUUGGAUAGUGUUGAAAACACCAAAGUAUGCAGGUUUGACCUUAUUUCAGCAGUUGGAUAAAAUAUGCCCUGUAUGCUGUCAUCCAUCUUCUGGAAGCCCAUCCACUUCCAGUCUGUUAGAUGAUUCUGAAGAUUCAGAACCAUCCAGUUUAACUAGCCAGCUCAUACCAAAUUCAUCUGAGGUGGAAUCUCUGCUCACAGAUAUAUGCGAGACAUCAAUCGCAGAAUUUGAAUUGAAGCUUAAUGGAUUUCGGCUAUAUGUGGCAAGGGAUGUAAGUGGAGGACAUAAACCUCUUCCUCCUUUUUCCCCAGCCCCAACACCUGUCCAUUCAAAUGUUGAGGCAACUGAUACAAAUGGUUCACUUUCAAAACCAUCUUUGGCCAUCUCCAAAGCACUAACUUCUUCAGAUGGAGGGCCAACUUGGCUUGAUAAAGCAGCUGAUGCAGGCCUCGUGAUACUCCAGUCUCCAAGGGUGGGAUUUUUUCGGAGAUCUCGAACCAUUAAGGGGAAGCGCGCCCCACCUGCAUGCAAAGAGAAGCAAAUAGUGAAGGAGGGUCAAGUAGUUUGCUAUAUCGAACAGCUUGGGGGAGAACUUCCAAUUGAGUCUGAUGUAUCGGGAGAGGUUGUCAAGAUCCUGCGAGAGGAUGGUGAUCCAGUUGGAUAUGGUGAUGCCCUCAUCUCCAUUCUUCCUUCUUUUCCUGGAAUCAAGAAGCUGCAGUAGAUGGUUUUCUUCACCUUGCGUUGCAUCUUCAGUAGCUUGAGUCCUUAGACAGAGUGUACUUAUUGCGGCUUAUUUAGCUGUUUUAACUCUCAGAUUCAUCUUUAUUCACGGUACAAUGUUCACUACAGCGACAUAAACUUUUUUCCCCUCAUCUUUUAUAAAUGAAACGAGUAGAUCAGAAAUUUUGGAUGAA